CAAAAGCACCAGCUCAAACAGCUUCUUUGGAGAACACUGGGUAACUCAUCAGCUCAUUGUAAAGAAGGUUUUAGACUGUUUUUCUAUUCUCAUUAGCCAUGGAGGAGAAAACCUGUUUCCUCUAAACCUUUACCGACUGAUUAUAGCAGCAAAUUUUUGGACUUUUGCCAAAUCUAGGCUUCUGGUAGUGACAUGGCGUACCCUCAGGACAACACUCUGAGGAUUGUACUAGUGGGGAAAACUGGAAGUGGGAAGAGCGCAACGGCCAACACCAUCCUGGGGAGUAGAGUCUUUGAGUCUAGAGUUGCUCCCCAUGCUGUCACCUCCAGCUGUCAAAGAGCAUCCCAGGAAUGGAAGGGGAGGAAACUUUUUGUUGUUGACACCCCAGGGCUCUUUCACACCAAGGACACCCUGGAUACUACAUGCAGGGAAAUCAGCCAGUGUGUCCUCUACUCCUGCCCUGGGCCUCAUGCCAUCGUGUUGGUCCUCCAGCUGGGCCGCUACAUGAAUGAAGAGCAGAAGACCGUGGCAUUGAUCAAGGCUCUCUUUGGGAAGCCAGCCUUGAAGCACAUGAUCAUAUUGUUCACUCGCAAAGAUAACUUGGAGGAGCAGAGCCUGAGUGACUUCUUAGCAGAUGCAGAUGUGAAACUAAGAAACAUCAUCAGCGAGUGUGGUAACCGCUACUGUGCCUUCAACAACAGAGCCUCAGAGGCCGAGAAGGAAGCUCAAGUGCAGGAGCUGGUGGAGCUGAUAGAGGAGAUGGUGCAGAGCAACGGAGGGGAUUACUUUACUGAUGCCAUUUACGAGGACACAGAGAAGAGGCUGAAGCAACAGGCAAAAGUCCUGAGGAAGAUCUACACUGAUCAAUUAAAUAAUGAAAUUAAACUAGUAGAAAAGGAAUAUGCUCAUAAAUCACAGGAAGAACGGGAGGAAAAAGUAAAAUCUCUAAAGAGGAAGUAUGCUGAACAAACAAAAAAUAUCAGAGAAGAAGCUGAGAAGGGCAUAUUUGAACAUGUUUUAAAUGUGAUUAUGUGGGUGCUUCCAAAAAUAUGGUAUAUGUUUUGGUAGUAAAGACCAUUUCAUUUUUUCUUCUGAAUUUAUGAUGAUUUGUGAUAGUGGUAGAUUGUAGUUUCCAUAGACAACUGUGACAAUAGCUUCUACUUAUUCUUCCUAUAACCUGACCCUGUUACUCCUGCCACUGACUUGCGGGGCCUGUGUCCUCUACCUUGGAACUGAGCAGAUCUGGGACUGUUUCAAUUAAUAGCAGAUGGUUGAAGCAACACCUUGUGACUCUAAGGUUACAUAUGGGCAAUGCUUCUUUGCCCUCUUGGGGUUCUUGCCCUUGGACCUUGACUGCCAUGUUGUGAGAAAGCCCAGGCUGCCUCUUGAGAGGCUGCCAUGCAGAGGGCCUGAAGUCACUGGCCCACUUCCCAGCUCACCUUUCAUUUGUGACUCAGACCAACUUGCCCGCCAUGGAAGUGAGGCAACACAGAAGCAGGCCUGCUGGCUGCCCCGCCAUCUCAGGCGAAGUUGCAGAAAGCAAAGAUGAGCCAUUCCCCCUGCGUCCUGCCCAUAUUGCAGCUUUAUGAGAACAAAUAAAUGAUGGUUUUUGUUUUUAA